AUGCCCUGGAUUGAAACGGAAAGUGGAUCGACCAAGGCAGAGAAAGUAUUCACGGACGGAUCAGCCACAAAUGCAAUAAAAAACGGAGGGGCUGGUAUAUACAUCCAAUAUCCAAAUGGAGAGCGACAAUCUGAAGCAAUACCAACAGGCUUGCAUUGUUCCAACUAUAAAACUGAAGAAAAAGCCAUCAGUCAUGCUGCACAUACCAUCACAGACAAAGUCAAUAUCACAACUCCAGUUGUUUUCCUUACAGAUGCUUUGUCUGUAUUACAGGGAUUGACAAACAACAAGCUACCAUCACUAGAACAGGCGCUAUUUAACAUUCAAAGUCGCAUAACAGUGCUACAAUGGAUCCCUUCGCACUGUGGAGUCUAUGGUAAUGAACAAGCUGACAUUCUUGCAAAACAAGGUGCUGGACAACAACAGGAGGAAAACCCAGUCUGCCUUGCAGAGAUGAAAACCAUAAUAAAAUCUCUGUACAGAAAAUCCAACCAUCAAGACAGUUACCACCAUCUGUCGAGACCUGAACAAACCGUCAUAUUCAGACUGAGGACAGGACACAAUAGACUAAACAAACAUCUGAACAGAUUGGUGAAAGUGGUACCAUCCCCAAUGUGUCCCUGUGGUGAGGCAGAACAAGAUACAACACAUAUUCUACAGACAUGCAAGAACCAUCAGGCAUUGAGACAAAGGAUAUGGCCAUUACCAACAACCAUCCAGGAAAAGCUAUUUGGAACAGUGGAGGACUUACAGAAGACCACCAGAUUCGUAGAGGAAGCAGAAAUCCAAGUGUAG